GCCUCCGCCGCCCCGUUUCCGGCUGCGGUGAGGCGGGGCGGCAGGAGGCAGUGCUGCGGGCGGAGCCGAGGGGAGCCGGCCGCGGACGGGCGGCAGCGGCCCGGCCCUGCGGAGAUUCUGCCAAUCUCCCAAGGUCGGAGCUUGAACCCUGCGAGAUAAAGUCAAAACCACCCCCCUCUUUUCCCAGCCAUGCAAACUGCGGGAUGAAGCUGGAAGCUGUGGUUGAGCAGCUGCAGAAGCAGCAGCAGAAGCAGCAAACGCCUCUGCAGAUGGAUUCCAGGGAGAGACAACAGAGGCAGAUGAGGGAAGCCCAGCUGCUCUACACUCAGCAGCUGGCCGUACAGCAGGCUGUCCUAGCAGCCACAUCUGGCAGGGCUUCAGGCGGCUCCACUGUUGGUCCCUUGGCCAGAGGCCCGCCUGCUGCCGGAGCUACGCGGGCGUUUGAUCAGAGCAGCAUGAAUUCUGAGCCAGAAGAGGAGGAGGAGGAUGAAGAGGAGGAGGAGGAAGAAGAGGAAGAGGAGGAGGAAGAAGAAGGGGGUUUAGAAGGUGGCGAUCUUGAGGAUGGUGCUGAUGUGACUGGGAAAGAAACCUGCUCUGCUCUGAAAUAUUUCCAUGCUCCCAAAGUUGCCCAUCAAAACCAAAGAGUGGCUUCUACCUCGAAUCCUAUUCCAGCAUCAGGGCUCCAGCGGGGACAGCAGGGCAAGGAAGAACAGGGUAAAGACACUACUAAGCAGCCGUAUGCCGGUUCCCCGUCUGGACGCCAGAACUGGCGCUUGGAUGAGCAGCUCAAACAGAACGGCAACGUGACCUGGAGCGAUGAAGGUGAUGGAUGCAGAGGAAGAGAAAUUUCCCGAGACUUUGCCAAGCUCUAUGAACUGGAUAGUGACCCUGAACGGAAGGAGUUCCUGGAUGACCUCUUCAUCUUCAUGCAGAAGAGGGGAACUCCCAUCAAUCGGAUCCCUAUCAUGGCAAAGCAGAUCCUGGAUCUCUACAUGCUCUAUAAGCUGGUGACUGAGAAAGGAGGGCUGGUGGAAAUCAUCAACAAGAAGAUCUGGCGAGAGAUCACCAAAGGCCUUAAUUUGCCCACCUCGAUCACCAGCGCCGCCUUCACGCUUCGAACCCAGUACAUGAAGUACCUCUAUGCCUACGAAUGCGAGAAGAAAUCCCUCAGUUCUCCUGCUGAGCUUCAGGCUGCAAUCGAUGGCAACAGGCGGGAAGGCAGGCGGCCCAGCUACAGCUCCUCUCUGUUCAGCUACUCCCCCACCACCACGGGGCCCCCUUCCCUUCUGUCUCCCCCUAAGAUCCGCUUCCCCAUCAUCGGCGUGGCACCGGGCAGUGGGACCAGCAACCCUCGGGUGUCUCCAGCAGCAGCCAUCAGGAAAGGUGAUGGUGUGCCCUUGACUGUGUCUAUGCCAAAUCGUAUUGCUGUGCCAGUGACCUUGGCUAGCCAGCAGGCAACUGUGGCAGCAAGAACAGCCACCCUGGAGCAGCUGAGGGAGAGGCUGGAGUCGGGAGAGCCUCCGGACAAGAAGGUGUCCCGGAUGAGCGAGGAGGAGCAGCGCCUUGUGCAGCAGGCUCUUCAGCGCAACCUCUUCAGCAUGGCACGGCAGAUCCCCAUGAAGAUCAAAAUCAAUGGCAAGGAAGACAAAGCAGACUCAGCGGCAGCAGCAGCGCUGAACUUGUCCCCUAAUGGCAUUGGGAGCAUCAACAUGUCCGUGGAGAUCAACGGCACAACUUAUGCUGGAGUGCUCUUUGCCCAGAAGCCCGUCGUCCACCUCAUUGCAGGCUCCAGCACCCAAAGCUCGUGCAGCAGCAGCAGCAGCUCCCACUGCUCUCCCAGCCCUACCUCAUCGCGGGGAACCCCCGGCGCAGAGCCCUCCACCAGCUGGUCUCUCUGAUGGAAGGCCCGGCCUCCUGUCUCACACUGGCCUCCAGCUUCCUCCCUGCCCUCCGCAGGGAGCGAGCCAGGAAGGAGUCGCACAGAUUUACCUCAUCUCAAGGAACCUGGUUUUGGGCUUGGCCAAUGGCAAGAUGAUGAUGAUGAUGAUGCUGCUGCUGAAACCUUUCCAUGCCAGCAAGUUUUUCCUCAUCGUCUGUUUGCCCAGCCUUUAUUCUUUGUUCUCCCCUUUCUUUCCUCCCUUUUGCUGUUUGUUUUCUUCCUCCUCCUCCUCCCAGGGUUUGCUGUGUUC